GAAGGUUCUGCUUGAAACUCAAAGACCGUUCUUCCAAGUCCCGUCUCAGGCUGAAAAACACCGGGAUUUCGCGUUGGGAAACCGCCGACCCCGAAGCCGAUUAUUCACUAUUCACACGUGCGCCCUUUGUAUAUACAAUGCACCAAGAAUGGAAAGCAGCUUUUCCCUCUUCAGCAGUUACUCUCGCAGCAACUCUCGAAGCAAUCGACCCCCACGAUUACCCUCCAUAACCAUCUGAGAGGAGUUGGAUCUAUACAACAAAUGGCGUCCGUGCUGGAGAAACGAGACGGUCCUUAUGCCUCCACCACUGCUGCACUGGGUGGACUUGCAACCAUCACGCCCGACAUUCCUGUGUGUGCUGUCUUUAUUGUGUUGUAUAUCGGUUUUGCCGCGACCAAUAUGACGAUAUUUCAGAAGAACCGGCGAAGAGAUCACAAAUUCGUUCUGUCUGGCAUGAUGUUCGGUUUCUGUAUGGCACGGAUCACCACCCUCGUCUUGCGAAUCGCAUGGGCCAACCGACCACACAAUGUUCGCCUGGCCAUCGCAGCCCAGAUUUUUGUGAAUGCCGGGAUUCUCCUGAUCUACAUUAUCAAUAUCCUCCUCUCCCAGCGUAUUCUCCGAGCCAAGCAACCCCAUGUUGGUUGGCACCCGCUCGUACGCCAGGGCACCAAAGUUUCGUUUAUCUUGAUCGCUGGCUCGCUUAUCAUGCUCAUUACCUCGAUUGUGGUCUCGUUGUACACUCUGAAUCGGGACACCCGUGCGACCUGUCGCGAUGUUCUACUCGCUGGUCUAACCUAUAUGCUCGUCUUCGCCUGCCUUCCUCUCCUUCAACUCGGCGUGGCGGUUCUGUUGCCCCGAUCUAAGGACGAGGAGACGUUCGGAGCGGGCAGCAUGAAUGCCAAAAUCGCCAUUGUCACCUUGUCGACGUGUAUGUGUGUUUUGAUUGCUGGCUUUAAAUCCGGUGCCAACUGGAGCCCUCCGCGCCCCGUGACCGACCCCGCCUGGUUUGACUCGAAGGCCUGUUUCUAUGUCUUCAACUUCGUGUUGGAGAUUCUCCUGCUAAGUCUCUUGACUUUCAGUCGCAUCGACAAGCGCUUUCACAUCCCAAACGGGUCUACGCGUCCGGGAGACUAUACCAAUGCGAAGGAACAGUUCUCGUGGGAAGAUCAACUUGAUGUCGAGCCUAAAAUACAAGCCUGAACGCAUUCAAUUACUUCUCUUUGUUUUCUUUUCUAUGGGCAUCAAAAUACUCCUGGCGGCCAAUUAUUUGAUAAAUAGAUAGACCCCGAUGUACUAGUUAGCAUGUUCCUUUUUUAACAUGAUGAUUCCCUUUAAUAAAUCUUGCCAUUCAAGAAAUACCGUUAAUGCUCAAGUGUAACCUCAGUAUCAACCCAUCUCUGGCGGGUUAAC